CAUCGCAGGAGCUCGGCAUCGACAGCUUGCAGUCGGGAACUGAGUUGGAUGAAGUCGAGCGGAGUUGAGUGAAGUGGGCGGUGGGUUGGCUGAUGGUGGAUUCCUUGAGCUGGGCUGACUUCACCCGACUGCGCUGACAGGAGUUAGGGUGGGCUGGACUGAGCUGUACCGGGUUGCAUGGUGCUGGGCUCUUUUUGUAUUGGGCAUCUUGUCGGCAACAGCGCUCGGGUGGCGAGAAGCAGUGCCCGGCGGGGACGGAGGGUCCUGGAUUGCUGCGUGGCUUCGCACCCAAGCGCCCUUCGCGGACAGCGGGCCCGAGCGUUGGCCCCGCCGGUCCCUGGACCAUUUCAGCGGGGUCGUUGCUGACCCCAGAUUUCUUCAAGCGUGCGGGGUGAACACGCCAUUUUUGUGAGGUGCUCGGGAGGUAAACAGCCGUGAUGGAGAAAUACGACAAAAUCGCGAAAAUCGGAGAGGGCUCUUACGGCGUGGUGUUCAAAUGCAGGAAUAAAGUCAGCGGACAGAUAGUGGCUAUUAAGAAGUUCGUGGAGUCUGAGGAUGAUCCCGUUAUCAAGAAAAUCGCCAUGCGCGAGAUCCGGUUGCUAAAGCAACUGAAGCAUUGCAAUCUUGUCAACUUGAUUGAAGUGUUCAGAAAGAAACGAAGACUUCAUUUAGUGUUUGAGUACUGUGACCACACUGUGUUAGAUGAAUUGGACCGAUACCCAAAAGGGGUACCUGAUCACUUGGUGAAGAGAAUCACUUGUCAAACACUUCAGGCUGUCAACUUUUGCCAUAAGCAUAAUUGCAUACAUAGGGAUGUUAAGCCAGAAAAUAUCUUAAUUACAAAAGAUCACGUCAUUAAGCUUUGUGAUUUUGGUUUUGCCAGGAUAUUGACUGGUCCAGCAGAUUACUAUACUGAUUAUGUUGCUACCCGGUGGUACCGUGCUCCUGAACUGUUAGUUGGAGACACUCAGUAUGGUCCUCCAGUGGAUAUUUGGGCAGUAGGGUGUCUUUUUGCAGAAUUAUUAUGUGGAGCCCCCUUGUGGCCAGGAAAGUCAGAUGUUGAUCAGCUCUAUCUGAUAAGAAAAACACUGGGUGAUUUGAUUCCAAGGCAUCAACAAGUCUUUAGUUCAAACCAGUUCUUCAACGGAGUGAGCAUACCAGUGCCAGAUAAUUUGGAAACUUUGGAAAUGAAGUUUGCAAAUAUUUCUCAAAAUGCCCUUGGAUUAAUGAAGAUCUAGACUCAACUUCAUUCCAACCUCCUCCUGCCAACCUGCACUCACCCCAACCCUCCAUUCCCGGUUCCUUUUUCAGAUCCUCCCCCUACCUGAACCUACACUAUUUCCCGACAUCCCCACACCAUUCACAGCCAGUGCGCCAACCAACACUCCUCCUUCAUUGAGCCAAGUCUACUCACUCGCAGCCAGCUGGAUUAAAGUAAAGAUUCAGAAAGAUUGAAGUAAAGCAAGACCAAAAUAAUAGGGUCAAAGUUCAAAUUAAGUGGAUGUAAAAGGAAUUAGGAAUGGCAAAUUUUUGAUAAGGAGAAAAGUGCAAAAUAUUUAAGCAGCGAUCAGAGAAAGAAAAUAAAACACUGGAACAUAAAGAGAUAAGGAACAAAUGAACUGUAGAAAAAGGUAUACAGUGGAUGAUAAAGCAGUUAACAACAAAAA